GAAUUUGAAAACCAAGGCUCAAGUUUUAAGAGACAUUGAGCUCUCUGGUUGCAUCAAACAUGGAACAAGUUGUGUUGCUGGUUGAUGAUUUGAGAUCACUUUCUAGGAUUUCUCGCUGUAGAAUAUGUCAUGAAGAAGAAUUUGAGAGCUCCAAAACCUUGGAAGCUCCUUGUGCUUGUUCUGGAACAGUUAAGUUUGCCCAUAGAGAUUGCAUUCAGACAUGGUGCAAUGAGAAAGGAAAUACAACUUGUGAAAUUUGUCUCCAGCAAUAUGAACCCGGGUAUACAACAGUACCAAAGAAAUCGCAAAUAGCUGAUGCAGCAAUGACCAUUAGGGAUAGCUUGCAAAUUUCAAGGAUUGAACAAGAACCGUUAAACACAAGAAUAGUGAGUAUAGUUGAAGGAAACAAUUACUCUGAAUGCACGUAUGCUGCAGAUAGAAGCGCUGCUUGUUGUCGAUCCCUGGCUUUAGCUUUUACACUCAUCUUGCUUGUAAGACAUCUUUUUGCAGUCCUUACAGAGGGAAUGGAAGAUUAUCCAUUUACAAUUCUUACGGUGUUUUUACUAAGGGCCAGUGGAAUCAUUAUACCCAUGUUCAUAGUUAUUAAGACGAUCGGGGCCAUUCAUAACAACAUUAAGCGUCACCAUCAUCAGGAUUCUGACGAUGACUCAUCGAUAUCUGAUGGAGACGAUGAAGAAAAUGAGACACCAGAUGAUGAAAUUUUAAGACAUUCACAAUCUUAGGUUGCUAUCUUAUUUGAUUCGAUUUCUAUCAGAGCAUUAUGCUGAUGCUCUGUCAAAUUCUACCAUUUUCGAGGCAUAUAUUUACUGUAAAAAAAAAAAGAAAAGAAAUUACAUUCACAUUCAAAUACAUAUGUAGCUUAAUUUGACGUAUUUAUACUGUCCUAGUGGCUAGUACUACCAAUACCGUAUACCAAACCCAGGUAGAUAGAACAACCAAAUUUCAACUAUAUGCAUGUAUUCACUUGUAAAACAAGUCCAUUAGACAAUCCUCCAAACAUGUAUAAUGGGACAACCUUCAAUAUGUUAGCUGAAACUUAAAAAUUCAUCACUUCAACUACAAGCAUACAACCGACGAAACUGGCAUGUUGGAUAACCAACAUUGAAAAAGUGAAUCAUGAUACAUGCCUUUAAAACUUGCUUUUCA